AUGAUCCCAGCUGCAGCCAUCCCGCCAAACGUGGCCGCUGCCGCGCCCCCAAACGUGCUCAUCCUCUUCGCCGACGACCUCGGCGCCGGCGACUUGCAGGUCUACGGGCACCCGACUACCGUCACACCGAGCAUCGACCGGCUCGCCGCGAGCGGAGUCCGCUUCACGCAGUGGUACUCGGCCUUCCAUGUGUGUACGCCGUCUCGCGCGGCCAUGCUGACCGGCCGUCUUCCGAUUCGCUCUGGCCUCGCUGGCUCCGCAUGGACUGGCGGCGUUCUCGGCCCAUCGGCGGUAGGAGGACUGCCGCGGAACGAGACGACCUUUGCCACGGCGCUCGGGCGCGUGGGGUACGCGAGCCUCUGCCUGGGCAAGUGGCACCUCGGCCAGCGGCCCGAGUACCUGCCGACGGGACACGGCUUUGACGAAUACCUCGGCAUCCCCUAUUCGGUCGACAUGGGAUCCUCCGCUUGGCUGCUCCACAACUCUCUGCCGCCGCUCCCGCUGCUGUGUUUGGCUGUGCUCAGCUGUAUUCAGCUGAAUGCAGCUGUACUCGCAGCCCUAGGCCCGUGGCCCUCGGGCAAGCUGCGCAUCCUCGAGCAGCCCGCCGACCUCAACCGGCUGACUGGCCGGUACGUCGAGGCUGCGCGCGCAUUCCUCGGGGGGCGGUCCGCGGCGCGGCAGCCGUGGCUGCUGUACAUGGCCUUCAACCACGUCCAUACGCCCGACUUUGCGUCCCGCCCGUACUGCAACACGACGCUGCGGGGCCGGUUCGGCGACGCGCUGCGAGAGCUCGACACGGCGGUCGGCGGCAUCAUGGAGGCGACAUGA